AACCGUCUAAGUAGUCACAGACAAACAAAACUCUUUCUGUGGUAUGGAUAGGGAGGGAACCAGCAAACAGUACUAAAACCUCUCAGGCAGUCUCUCGCCCAAUAAUCCAACACGCAAAUGGCUUUCGCAGUCUCCGCCUUCUCGACUCCACACUCACUUUCCACUCCCAAUUCUCUUAGAAUUGCAUCUCAUUCCCUUUCCCUUCCCAUAAAAAACCUCCAUUUCCAAUUCCAUGGGUUUCCCAAUUCUCUCAACCGCCUGAAAUUAAAGAAAAACAAUUCGUUUCUCUAUCGAAUUGGAAAAUUAAGGUCAGCUGAAGAGGAAACCCAAAUCCCAGAAGUAGAACAACAACAAGAAGAAGGAGCUCAAGUACAAGAAGGAGCUGAACAACAAACAGUUUCUGUCCCUGUCUCUCCUUCGGACACUCUUACCAUGUUCUUUCAGGCUGAGGGAGUAUUGAAUGAAUCUGCUGUUCCUACAGUCACCAAGGCCUUGGAGACGACCGAUGGUAUUACGGAUUUGAAGGUUCAAAUUGAAGAGGGUCUUGCAAGUGUGCAGUUAACAAAACAAACUACUGUGCAAGCUACUGGAGUGGCUUCUGGUUUGGUAGAGCUUAUACAAGGUGCAGGUUUCAAGUUACAGACUUUGAACUUGAGUUUUUUAGAUGAGGAAGAUGUCCUUGUUUAAACCAUGCAAUUUUUUAAGCUAAAAAUGAGAGAAAAAUUUGUAGUUCCUAUAUUCGAUUCUCUCAAAAUUCCAUGUAUGCAUACUCUUUCUUGGAAGUAAAAUAUAAACUAUCAAUUGGCAUUUUUUGUAGGCUGUGUCUAAAUGAUCUUUGAUCGAUGAGAUUCUGUUUGUAAGGUUGUCUGGUGUAGUAAUAAUUAUAUGCUCUGUAUAAUUUUGUGUUCUA